AUGAGGGGUCUCCGUGGAGCACCUGAGAACCUUGCUGGGACCAGGUGGAGGUUCUGGCACUUGGAGCUCUGCAAGGCCAUUGCUCCCCUGCAGGCUGCCUGGGAUGCCUUCUCCCAGCCUGUUCCAGACAGCUGUAACCAGAUGCUGAUCCAACUUCUCUUGUGUGGCUCCCUGGCUGCUACUGCCGCGGGUAUGACCCAUCACUGGCUGGUGUCCUCGCUGCUUUAUCCUCUAGGACCUUCAGCCAUGAUGGCUAUUGUCUGUGGCCUCCUGGUCUUCAUGGGUCUGGGCCUGGUGCCCCCAGUCCGCUGCCUGUUUGCACUCAGUGUGCCCACCCUGGGCACAGAGCAGGGCCGCCGGCUGCUGCUGUCAUAUAGUACUGCCGCCCUGGCCAUUACUGUGGUGCCAAACGUCCUGGCCAAUGUAAGCGCAGCAGGACAGGUGCUGAGGUGUGUCACCGAGGGCUCCCUGGAGAGUCUGCUCAACACCACUGACCAGCUGUGUGCAGCAUCCAGAGCUCUGGACCCUGCAGGCCGAGCGGGCAGCCGAGACCUGACAUUCGAGACCCAGGGCAAUGGCUCUGCCUUCUGGCUUCACAUGCGUGGGGUCACACAGCGGGUCCUGGAGGAUUUCUCUGGCCUGGAGUCCCUGGCCCAGGCAGCAGCACUGGUGACUCAGCAGGUGGUCACAGGGCUGUUUGUGCUGGGCCUGCUGGUAGAGUCAGCCUGGUACCUGCAUCGCUACCUGACGGACCUGCAGUUCGACAAUAUCUACGCUACACAGCAGCUGACCCAGCAGCUGACACAGGCCCAGGCCACACACCUGGUGGCCCCUCCACCUGCCUGGCUACUCCGGGCAGCCCAGCUGAGACUGUCCCAGGAGGAGCUUCUGAGUUGUCUCCUGAGGCUGGGGCUGCUUGCCCUGCUCCUGGUGGCCACAGCUGUGACAGUAGCCACAGACCACAUGGCCUUCCUCCUGGCACAGGCGGCCGUGGACUGGGCUCAGAAGUUGCCCACUGUGCCCAUCACGCUCACGGUCAAGUAUGAUGCGGCGUACACCGUCCUGAGCUUCAUCCCCUUCCUAUUCAACCAGCCGGCUGCAGAGAGCCGCUUUCAGUCCAAGCACACUUCCCACCAGUGGGAGCUCGGCCUCACCUCGGCGCACUGCAUGCUGCUGCCCGCCCGGCGCCCUCGCGCCGCCGCUCCCCUGGUCGCCGGGGCCCUGCAGCUCCUGGCCUGCUGCACGGUGCUCCUGGAGGCCUAUGCCCGCCGCCUGCGGCACGCCAUCGCCGCCUCUUUCUUCACCGCCCAGGAGGCAAGGAGGGUCCGCCACCUGCAGGCCCGGCUCCAGCGAAGAUACGACAGGCAGCGAGGCCAGCAGUUGCCGUCCAGGACCCCCUCCUGCACCCGACAUCCGGGCCUGCCUGCAAGCCCCGGUGUGGAUAGACAGGCUGGCGGCAUGCUGGACCCCUGGAAGAACCAGGAACA